AUGCCCCGGCCCGGAGGGCUCCCCAACCCUGGGGAUGGGGGUGGGGUCUCGACCGAAGGCACCUUCGUACCUGGAUUUCUCGCGGCCUCCCCCAGCCCGCACCCUCUGCCUGGGGCCGGGGAGCAGAGGAGGACUGAGGGCAGGUGCGAGGCGUUUCGUCGGUCGCGCCGGUCUGGGAGGGAGGGGGACGCGUCCGCGGUGACGGAACAGAAGCCCCGAGAGCCUCGGCCCUUCCCACCACUGCCUGGGCCCCGCGGCCGCUCCAGAGGCGGCGGCGAACGCUCCACACCGCCGGUUCGGGGCGCAGCGUCGGCAACCUCGGAGCUCACCGGGCCGCAGCUCGCCCGCCGGCCGGGGGAACCCGGGGGAAGCCUCCGGGCCCAGGGGCGGCGGCGGGGAGACCCCGCCCCGGCCGGAAGCGAGGGGGCUGCCUCCCCGGUGCCUUGCCCCUCCGGGGCGCUGGCCGGAGCUCUCGGAAGACGGCGGGCGUCCCCCCGGGAGGGAGAGGGAGCCGGCUGGAGGGCGCCCACGCGGGGCGGGACGGGGCGGGAAGCUGCUGCUCGGGGGUCGGGGAGCGCGGCGGCGGCGGCAGUACCCUCUCCCUCACCCCCUUGGCGCCCGGGCCGCCUGCGCGAGAGGCAGGUUGAAGGCUUGGGCUUUGUGCUGUCUCCUGGACCGGACUUUUUCUUUCUUUCUUUUUUUUUUUUUUCUUUUCUGCCGCACGUUAGACUGGUUUCUUCAGUGCAGGCUGUGUUGGCCACCGGGUCGGGGAUCGUCAUCAUCCGCUCCUGUAACGACGUGAUCACGGACAGGCACUGGCUUGCCCGGGAGUACGUCUGGUUCUUGAUUCCAUACAUGAUCUAUGACUCCUACGCCAUGUACCUCUGUGAAUGGUACCGAACUGGAGACCAGAGCCGCAGACAGUCCCUCACCACUUUUCAGAGCUUCCUAAGUAAAAACCGUCUCAUGAUCACGCACCAUGCGGUCAUUCUGUUUGUCCUUGUGCCAGUGGCACAGAAGCUUAGGGGAGACCUUGGCGACUUCUUUGUUGGCUGUAUCUUCACGGCAGAACUGAGCACUCCAUUUGUGUCGCUGGGCAGAGUUCUGAUUCAGUUAAAGCAGCAGCAUACCCUUCUGUACAAAGUGAACGGAAUCCUCACACUGACCACCUUCCUCUGCUGUCGGAUCCUUCUUUUCCCUUUCAUGUACUGGUCCUAUGGCCAACAGCAGGGACUAAGCCUACUCCAAGUGCCAUUCAAUAUCCCUUUCUACUGCAACGUGGCCAAUGGCUUCCUCAUCGCUCCCCAGAUCUACUGGUUCUCUCUGCUGUGCAAAAAGGCGACACGGCUCUUUGAUGCUCCCCCAGCCCGAAAGGAUGGGUAAUUGCUCUCCGGAGUCGGGCAGUGAGGGUGCCUCCUCACACCAGCUGCCUCCUCCACUCAAUCAAUAUUCUGUGGACCAAAUUGUGCCCUGGGUGGCCUCAGCCCUUGGGGUAUUGAUAAGCAGAGGGAUUUGAGGUUUUCUAAAGAAUAUUCAUAUUACCUCCCUCUUCUACCCCUUUUGCAAAAGCACUUUUUUCUUAGUAACUAUUGGCUUCUGUCAGAUUUCCACUGGUAGCAAGGUGGUUUCAAUGCAAGCCCAAGGAUCCUUCCUUGGGUCUUAGCUCAAAGGUUCUGGGAGGUAGAAGCAUGGGGUAUGGAGACAGGUAGACUAGGGUGGUAAGUGUUUGGGCACCUGCCUGGCCCUAAUAUUGGUGGCUACCCACCUUUCCAACCACUCAGGGCAGUAUCCACACAUACCGGGCCAGCAGAAGCAAGACUUGGUUCUUCACGUCAGUUCUUGUGAUGUUGGCCUGGGAAAAUCACUGUGUGUAGGUAGUUUUUUACCACUUACUAGAUAACCCAUUGGUCCCAUGCCUCAUCCUGUCAUCCAUGUGCCAACACUGAAUUCUUGUGUCCACUGACUUCCAUUCAGAAGUCUCACUGGCAGCAGGGUAAGAGGUGGGGAAGGGAACCUACAGCACUUGAGUAGGCAGAGGCCGAUAGAUCAGCGCCUUCGUAGGCUGCCUUGGGAAGACCAGUGUCAAACAUGUGAGCUUGUUGUAAAGUCACAGAUACUGUUCCUUUUUUAGCACGUUCCCUCAAGCCCAGCUUUCCCCGUAUCCACACGCACAGGAUGCCGUUGUUACGAUAGGGGUAAAGCGAACGGUGCCUAUCAAGCUCUUUACUGGGUAACCCUGCUUUGACACUGCCCUUUCCAUAUGACAUGGAAACAGGCUUCUGUAUUCCAGACCAUGAGAUGUCUCAUCCAGGCUGCCUGACCAGAGCCUGUGUCCCAAAGCCUGUUCCUACAUGAGCAUACGGCCACUUUGCCACAGAAGGCUGGAGAGCAAGGGCGCAAGACAGCGCUGGCCAAAAUACAUCCUGUGGACUGACUCCUUCACCCGCCACUUGCAAAUAGGAUCCUCUGGUGCCAGUACUAAUCGUUCCUUAUCAACUAGGAUGGUUUUUAGAAACUGCUACCAUGAAGCGUUUUUUCAAGUGGUAGUAAAAAUCUAGAUGUUUUUAAAGUGCCUUUUAAUUCAUUGUUGUCCAUGAACUUUUAAAGUACUGGGUAUAUAACGGUGUCUCAAAUUUUGACUGUUUCAGUCUUUAAUGGGUGCCAUUUAAAAAACCUAAAAUGCUGUUAAUUUUUUUUUUUUUACCAUUUUUAUUAUCGGUGUAUCUUUAUAAAUCACCCCUGUGGUGAUUAAAUUGCACUAAUAUUUCCCAGCUUCUUCUCAUUUGUGAAAUACAUCAAUACUGACUUCUUUCCAGACCCA